UUCUGCAUCAAAAUUGUUUUAAUUUGCAAAUUCCUAUUUUGCAAAUAUUUUGGAAGACAUUGAUUUUUCUCCCCGUGCUCCCCCGUUCUUUUCUGAGGAGUGCGCUGCGCCGCCCAGCCCUGUCGCCCCCCGGAGGUGAUCCCUCCCUCCUGCCGGCCCGCCAGCCUGACCUGUGCUCGGCUCGCGGGCCGCAGCCUCGGCCCCGGCGCGCCCCCGGCAGCUCUCGGCGCGAUGAGCAUAGAGACGCUACUGGAGGCGGCCCGCUUCCUGGAAUGGCAAGCGCAGCAACAACAGAGAGCACGUGAGGAACAGGAGCAGAAGAGGGCAAGUAGCCUGGCCAGGUUGGCCCAUGCGCUGCCUGUGGAGGAACCCCGCAUCGAGGCCCCACCGCUGCCCUUGUCGCCACCCGCGCCGCCGCCCGCACCGCCACCGCCGCCGCCGCCGCCGCCGCUUCCCGCCCCUGCUCCGCUGACCGUCAUCCCUAUUCCUGUAGUGACCAACUCCCCACAGUCUCUACCCCCGCCUCCACCUCUACCCCCAGCAGCCCAGCCCCUACCCCUGGCACCUCGUCAGCCAGCCCUGGUCAGCACCCCUGGACUCAGCAUUAAGGAGCCAGUCCCCCUGCCCACCAGACCACAGGUGCCCCCCCCUGCUCCCCUACUGCCUGACCCGAAGACCACAGUUGCACCGACUGGCAGCCCCAAGCCUUUGCAACCCCUCCCUACGCCCAUCCUGACCAUCGCGCCACACCCUGGAGUCCAGCCUCAGCUGGCUCCCCAGCAGCCACCCCCGCCCACGCUUGGGACCCUGAAGUUGGCACCAGCUGAAGAAGCCAAAUCCAGUGAACAAAAGAAGAGGUCUGGGGGGAUCGGAACCAGAGAAGUCCACAACAAAUUGGAGAAAAACAGGAGGGCCCAUCUGAAGGAAUGUUUUGAGACCCUGAAGCGCAACAUCCCCAACGUGGAUGACAAGAAGACGUCGAAUCUGAGCGUGCUGCGGACGGCGCUGCGGUACAUCCAGUCCCUGAAGAGGAAGGAGAAGGAGUACGAGCAUGAGAUGGAGCGGCUGGCACGGGAGAAGAUUGCCACGCAGCAGCGCCUGGCAGAGCUCAAGCAUGAGCUGAGCCAGUGGAUGGAUGUACUGGAGAUUGACCGUGUGCUCCGGCAGACAGGCCAGCCUGAGGAUGACCAAGCCUCCACCUCCACAGCCUCUGAGGGCGAGGACAACAUAGACGAGGAUAUGGAGGAAGACCGGGCAGGCCCACCUAAGCUGAACCAUCGUCCCCAGCUGGAGCUGCUGAAAUCCACCCUGCCAACCCCCAGCACCGCCUCUGCACCUCUGCCUACUCCCCCGCACCCUCAUCCCCACCAAGUGGCCCUGUCUCCUGCCCAUCUCCCUGUGCAGCAGCAGCAGCAGCAGCAGCAGCAGCAGCCGCCGCAGCCGCAGCAGCCGCCGCCACAGCAAAAAACCCCUCUGCCAGCCCCUCCUCCCCCACCAGCCACCCCGACCCAGACGCUAGUGCCAGCUCCAGCCCAUCUUGUGGCCACGGCUGGAGGUGGCUCCACAGUUAUCGCCCAUACAGCCACCACCCACGCCUCAGUCAUCCAGACUGUGAACCACGUUCUGCAGGGCCCUGGGGGCAAGCACAUCGCCCACAUUGCCCCCUCCGCCCCCAGCCCUGCUGUGCAGCUGGCACCUGCCACACCUCCCAUUGGCCACAUCACAGUGCACCCUGCCACCCUCAACCAUGUGGCCCACCUCGGCUCCCAGCUGCCCUUGUACCCACAGCCUGUGGCGGUGAGCCAGCCUGUGGCAGUAAGCCACAUCGCCCACACCCUUUCGCACCAGCAAGUGAAUGGCACAGCCGGGCUGGGGCCUCCGGCCACUGUCAUGGCAAAGCCAGCCGUGGGGGCCCAGGUGGUACACCACCCCCAGCUGGUGGGCCAGACAGUGCUCAACCCUGUGACUAUGGUCACUAUGCCCUCCUUUCCUGUCAGCACACUCAAGCUGGCUUGAGGAUGAGGCCACUUAGGCCCCCAGUGGGGGCAGGGAAGGGGGACCUGACUGCCCCUCUCCCACCCACCAGCU